AUGGGUCAACCAAAGUACCGCCAGAUGAUUGCACAGUUCAAACCGAAAGCUGGAGUGACGCCACAACGAGAACCAAAAGAUGACCCCCUUGUAUACAGAUAUGGCUCUCAAGGCCGUCAAGAGGUCAAUAUUACCAAAGGGUUGCUCACAUACGUACUGGAUAUCGAUUUCAGCACCGCAGAAAAGGCUGUGGGGAAGCUAUGGAAAGUUCUUGACAAGAUGCAUGUUUUUGACGAGUGGGAGGCACAUGCGGUUUUCGCCCAGCCUAUUCUCGAAGAGACUGAGGAGCGCUUGAACGAAUUGUCAAAUUACAGAUACACCACUCUUGAGCUCUUCUACGGAUACAAGACGAGGAUUUCAUUUGAAACGGGCACCUUUGAAGAGAAAGACACGGGUCCUACGAGCGGAUUGUCGAUAGCUUGA